AGGGGAGAGGUGAGCGACCCAAGCAGGGGUGGAGUGGAACCAAUGAUGUGUAUACGCACCAUUGAGUGGAACAAGCAGCGGUGAAGCGUGCGUUUUGAUAUGUCGGACCCGGUGGCACAGGCCUUGCAACCCCGGCUACAUCAAGCUCAGUCUGGUGGGACUGCUGGGUCUAACGCUGCUGCGGUGGGAUCUGGAUCGGGGAACAGUGACCCAGUCAGACCAGGUCUUAGUCAACAACAGCGGGCGAGUCAGAAAAAAGCCCAAGUCAGAGCUUUUCCACGGGCGAAAAAGCUCGAGAAACUCGGCGUCUUCUCCGCUUGCAAGGCUAGUGACACAUGCAAGUGCAAUGGCUGGAAGAACCCACAACCGCCGACUGCCACCCGAAGUAUGGAUUUACAGCAACAAGCGGCCAGCCUUAGCGAGUCCUGCCGCAGCUGCGGGCAUGCCCUGGCGGCCCAUGUGUCCCACCUGGAGAACGUGUCAGAGGAGGAGAUCAACCGGCUGCUGGGCAUGGUGGUGGAUGUGGAGAACCUCUUUAUGUCUGUGCACAAGGAGGAGGACACGGACACCAAGCAGGUCUACUUCUACCUCUUCAAGCUGCUGAGAAAAUGCAUCUUGCAGAUGAGUCAGCCGAUAGUGGAGGGAUCAUUGGGGAGUCCCCCCUUUCAGAAACCCAACAUUGAGCAGGGAGUGUUGAACUUCGUUCAGUACAAAUUCAGCCACCUGGCACCCAGAGAGAGGCAGACGAUGUUUGAGCUCUCCAAGAUGUUCCUCCUGUGUCUCAACUACUGGAAGCUGGAGACUCCCACGCAGUUCCGCCAGCGGUCCCAGAAGGAUGAUGGCACAGCCUACAAAGUGGACUACACCAGGUGGCUAUGCUACUGCCAUGUCCCCCAGAGUAACGACAGCCUGCCGCGCUAUGAGACCACCCAGGUGUUUGGCCGCAGUCUGCUCAAGUCAAUCUUCACCGUGACGCGCCGCCAGCUCCUGGAGAAGUUCCGAGUUGAGAAGGACAAGCUCCUCCCAGAGAAACGCACACUCAUCCUCACACACUUUCCCAAGUUUCUGUCUAUGCUAGAGGAGGAGAUCUAUGGGGAAAACUCUCCCAUCUGGGAGGCUGACUUCACCAUGCCUGCCUCCGAGGGGGGCCAGCUGGGUCACCAGUUAGUGAUCAGCCCAGCUGCAGUGUCGGGCUCGCCCUCCUUCUCUAAAGGCAACAGUGGCCCUUCGCUAGGCAGUCUGGGGCUGGACUCUGGCGUGGCCGAGCCCAUAACAGGAGAGAAGAGGAAGCUUCCAGAAGUUCUGACCCUGGAGGAUGCUAAGAGGAUCAGAGUGAUGGGAGACAUCCCGAUGGAGUUGGUCAACGAGGUGAUGAUGACCAUCACUGACCCGGCUGCCAUGUUGGGCCCAGAGACGAGUCUGCUGUCUGCCAAUGCUGCUCGUGAUGAGACAGCCCGGUUAGAGGAGAGGCGGGGCAUCAUAGAGUUCCAUGUCAUAGGGAACUCCCUUUCCCAGAAGUCCAACAAGAAGAUUCUGAUGUGGCUGGUGGGCUUGCAGAACGUCUUCUCCCACCAGCUGCCUCGUAUGCCCAAAGAGUACAUCACACGCCUAGUGUUUGACCCGAAGCACAAGACGCUGGCCCUAAUCAAAGAUGGCCGUGUCAUCGGGGGAAUCUGUUUCAGGAUGUUCCCCACCCAGGGCUUCACUGAGAUCGUCUUCUGUGCCGUCACAUCCAACGAGCAAGUCAAGGGCUACGGUACUCACCUGAUGAACCACCUAAAGGAGUACCACAUCAAGCACAGCAUCCUGUACUUCCUCACCUACGCUGAUGAGUACGCCAUUGGCUACUUCAAGAAGCAGGGUUUUUCCAAAGACAUCAAAGUGACUAAGAGUCGUUACCUUGGUUACAUCAAGGACUACGAGGGGGCUACCCUCAUGGAGUGUGAGCUGAAUCCCAGAAUCCCCUACACGGAGCUCUCUCAUAUCAUCAAGAGGCAGAAAGAGAUCAUUAAGAAGCUGAUUGAGAGGAAGCAGAGCCAGAUCAGGAAGGUAUACCCAGGACUCACCUGCUUCAAAGAGGGGGUACGGCAGAUCCCUGUGGAGAGCAUCCCUGGCAUCAGGGAGACAGGCUGGAAGCCCAGUGCAAAGGAGAAAGUGAAAGAGUUGAAAGACCCUGAUGUUUUGUACAACAUGCUGAAGAAUCUCCUGGCACAGGUCAAGACUCACCCUGAUGCCUGGCCCUUCAUGGAGCCUGUGAAAAAGACUGAGGCUCCAGACUACUACGAGAUCAUACGCUUCCCCAUUGAUCUGAAGACCAUGACGGAGAGGCUGAAGAACAGAUACUAUGUGACCAAGAAGCUGUUCAUAGCAGACCUGCAGCGCGUCAUUACCAACUGCCGUGAAUACAACCCCCCGGACAGCGAGUACUGCAAGUGUGCCAACACCCUGGAGAAGUUCUUCUACUUUAAGCUGAAGGAAGGGGGCUUGAUCGAGAAGUGAAGCUAUGGUCACAGGGUCACCAUGCACGACGGCCCCACUGCGGAAGAGCAGGAAGGAGCGCUCGUGGGACACUCACUCAUGCACGCACACCCACACACACUGUCUUGUGAUGACAUAGUCAGGGGGUAAUUGCUAGCCAUAUUCCAACCCUUUUUCCCCUCGUCUUUUCUUUUAGGGAGCCUUUAUUAAUGGCAGUGUGUGUUUAUGCAUGUUUAUAUUACUGGUGGUUGAAGGGAACAGUGGAGUAUAACAGCACAAUCGUGGAGGUAAUUGGAAAGGCUCUAUGGGCGAGGUUAUGUUUGUUAAUGUGUCGAGAUGACUCUCCAUCAAUCUCUCACUCUCUGUUUGUUUGUCUGUCUCCCUCUAUCGCCGUCUCACUACCCUCUGUAGUAUAGAAUCUCUGUGUGUUGCCGUCUCAUUCUGGUUUCAUUCUUGCUCUAAGUGACACAAAGAAGGAGCUGUGACGUAUUCCUGUGCCUAAACGACUGGUCCCACAGCAGAUCAUGUCACACUUUCCACAUAGGUUACAUUCAAAUUAUAGGAUGGCAUUUUCACGGGAUUGUUUCUCAAUCGGAUGAAAUAAUGCCCGCUUAGACAUUCACACUCGCAGCUCCUCCAGAUGGGAGCUGUAUUUUUGGUACUGUCGUGGAAACGUGAGUAGAGGGGGGGGGGGACCUACGCCGUUGUUGCCUUCCUGUACUGACAUACACUUGAAAAGAGGCCAGUAGACUUGGAGGGUAGAAACACAAUGUGCCCUUGAGUUAGAAGACGAGAAAUGUUCCGACUCGCAUUGUCAAAGUCCGGUCGCAGUCACAGAUAAUGUCCGCGUUGCAGGCUGACUGUGUCUCAGACGCCUGCCACACCUCACAAGCCCCGGAUAGGUAUUUAACCAUCAUUUAACCACAUCAUGUAACAGGACACGCUAACCAUCGGUUGAUACAAUGCAACAACUGAAAGGUAGUCAGCCUGAAGCGUGACCAUAGAUAUCCCUGUCUGACAUCGCGUUAUGUUGGAUUUGCCAUCAUGUGAUUGGUCAGUAGCAAAACUUCCAAUUUUCCUAUACGUUUCAUCUUCAUGGUUGCCCUCGAAUAAUUUCCCGACAACUACUGUAUGUUGAACUUUGUAUUUAUUUAUUAUUUCACCUGAACAGUAUAAUGAAAAACCUACCGCUACAUUUGAAGAUACUUAGGCCUAAUGUUAGUGUAGUCGUCAAUACUGUUCUUUUCCCAUUCUCUUCUGGGCCAGUAUGGCCAUGUCACUGAUCUCAAACAUGGUUGUUUUUCUUGGGGAAACAUCAGAGAUGGCGUAGUAAUGUGUCAUUGUUGUUUUAAUGGUGUUGCCUGAUCUGAGGGUAGUCUCUGGUAUCCUCGACCAAGGACAACAUCAGGAGAUGGAGUAGUAAUGUGUCAUUGUUGUUUUAAUGGUGUUGCCUGAUCUGAGGGUAGUCUCUGGUAUCCUAGACCAAGGGCAACAUCAGGAGUUGUUAAUGUGGGAGCCAACCCGUCUGCCGAGAGAGACAACUCUGACGGUUACUGGCCCCCCUUUUGUUUAGGUUUCUGUUCGUCCUAGAAAUAACCUGUUUCUGAUGGAAGCACAGGAUCCAACCACAGUGGUAAACAUGACCGUUCGUUUUGUCAGUAUUUCGCUGAAAGGCCAUAGAGCCCUGUCAAUACAGUAUAUGCGUGAUGCACAGCACAUCCCCUCCCUGCUGGUUCUGUCUCUUCUAUGGUGGAUAUGCAUUGUGUUAAUGUGAUAAUGGCUGACAAACACACAAAAAACAAGUGUCCGGUUUGGUGUUCACUCCAUACUCACAAGCAGUACUGCACAGUGGAGAACUUUAAUCUGCAUCCAUUUCUGUUCUGUUGUUACUGAGAUGGCCACACCCACUUCUUGUUCAUGGUCGGUGUCUGAUUGUCUGCCUCUUGAGAUGCCUUUGGUUCUCUGCUAUUUUGUAAAUCGUUUUGCGGGGAAAUGACUGGUCUGUGCUGGGGUGGUUGAGUAUUCCACUGAACUGUUGUGUGUGUGUGUUUGUACUUGAAUCAUGACUAGCUAUGAGCAACUAAAGUGAUGUCAAUGUUUCUUUAUUCAGGGUUGUCAGUUAUGUAUCUCUCAAUCUACCUAUGUAUGCUGCAUUACGAUUCUGAAAAUACUGUGUGAGUGAAAUGUAAAAAUAUUAGCACUGCUACAGUUUCUUUUAGUUAUAUGGUUUGAAGAGCUCUUUACUGUAAUACUGUUCAUGAAAAUAAAGUUUUUAUAGUCAAA